GUAAAAGUAAAAAUUAAAUUUUAAAUUCUUAGGCAACUCAAUUGACACAACAAAUGUUGAGUAAACGUGGUUGCCUAGAUCAUACUCCAAUAGGUUUUACAACUUACAACAUUGAAUUUGUGUUUUUGAUUUUGUUGACGUGAAAUUUAAUUUCACCAUGUAUUUAAGUUUGUAAAUGCCUUACAGUAUAUUGGCAAUUUAUGCUGUUAACUUGAGUUCAACGUUCAUAAAUUGUUAAAUAAAUUGGCCACAUUAUCCGUCGUGCAUGUGCUGUGAUAUGUGUUUACAUCAUUUAAAUAUUGUGUUAUUGUUUUUAUGUUAGCGUUUAUGAAUGGGUGUCUCUAAUGAGAUGAUUUCAAUUUAGGAAUUUAGUAAUCUACACACUCUCUGAUUUAUGUCUCUCGGUUUAUAAAGCAACAACAAUACAGUAUCGCAAUAACAAAAAUGUAUUUCUUGAAAAGAAAAUUUGGUGCGAUACCAUCGCAGGGUGUUUACAAGAUAUUAAGGAGAAAUUUAGGAGCCAACGAAUUUUUAGAUUAUCAGUUCAUCCAGAAAAGCAGAAUACCCACUAUGCAUUUCCAGAAGUCCUUACCAAGGCUGCCGAUACCUCAGUUAGAAACCACCUGUGAUCGCUACUUAGCCGCUCAAAGGCCUCUGUUAAUCGAUGAGGCUUACAGGAAAACCAAAAGCAAUGUAGACCAAUUCAGAAACACGUCUGGAAAGCAGCUACAAGAGAUGUUGAAAAACUACGAUAGGGUGAACAAGCACACCAGCUACAUAUCGGAAUUCUGGUUCGAUGCAUACUUAAGAGAUCGUAAACCUAUACCGAUCAAUUAUAAUCCUAUGCUAGUCGUGCAUAAAGACGAAAAACCGGAAUAUAACAAUCAGCUUAUCAGAACGACUAAUUUAAUUGUAAGCUCAUUGAGGUUCUACAAGUCACUACAGUCGAGGAUCCUGGAACCUGAAGUUUUUCACUUGUAUCCAAAAAAGAGUGAUACUGAUACGUUUCGAUCUAUCUGCAGUAAAUUACCUACUUCUGUAUCUUGGUACGGUGCCUAUAUGUUUAAUGCAUAUCCGUUAGAUAUGAGCCAGUAUCCUAAUUUAUUUAACACUGCAAGGAUCCCAGAAAUCGAUAAAGACCGGCUGUAUCACAAUUCGAAUGGAAAACACAUUACAGUUCAGCACAAAGGCCACUUCUACGCCUUCAGGGUGCUCACCGAGAGUGAUGAGAUCCUGCCAGCCGAGCAAAUUUUGGCUCGAUUGAAGUUUAUCUUGACUGAUCCACUUCCUAAAUGCGAAUUUCCUAUAGGCAUUUUAACAACUUUAAACAGAAACAAAUGGGCCACAGCAAGAUACGAGCUACUAGCCAAUAACAAUGAACAAGCAUUAAAAUACAUCGAUUCUGCUUUAUUUAACGUAUGUCUGGAUACUGAGAAUAUAGGAGACGAUCCGUAUGCUGUUGUUAGAAAUUUCUUACACGGUGAUGGGGAAAAUAGAUGGUUCGACAAAUCGUUUUCUCUACAAUUAUCCCAAGACGGGCAUGCUGCUGUUAAUUUCGAGCAUGCUUGGGGAGAUGGAGUCGCAGUAUUACGAUAUGUACAAGAUAUUUACAAGGAUUCAAGAAACAAUCGUUUUGUUACACCUGAAACAAAACCUUAUGAUGAUGAUAUUUCUAAUGUAAUAAGGUUGGAUAUGAAUUUAAAUGAUAAAAUCAAAUCCACGAUUAAUGAAGCUAAGAAAGAGUACAACAAGACAUGCAAAAGUUUGGAUAUAGACUAUUUGAUUUUCAAUAAAAUUGGUAAAAACGUAUGCAAAAAGCUGGCUGUAAGUCCGGAUGCAAUAAUGCAAUUGGGCUUCCAAGUUGGCUAUUACAAGAUGACUGGGAAAUUUGUUCCAACUUACGAAUCUUGCAGUACGGCGGCUUUUAAACACGGAAGAACUGAGACUGUUAGACCCUGCACGAAUGCUACAAAGGCUUUUACUCUUGCUGUGAAUUCCAAAAACAAGCCGCCUGUAGGUGAAUUGAAGAGCAUGAUAUCGGAGUGUUCGAAAGUUCAUAGUCAGUUAACAAGAGAGGCAGCUAUGGGUCAAGGAUUUGACAGGCACUUGUUUGCUUUAAAGAAAUUUUCCGAGAAAACCAAUACGUUAGCUAACAUUUUCGAGGAUCCCGAUUACGCUCAUUUAAAUAACAUUGUUUUAUCAACUAGUACCUUAAAUUCUCCUGCCAUUUUUGCAGGUGGAUUCGGACCAGUUAUUAGAGAAGGAUUGGGCGUGGGAUAUAUUAUUAAAGAUGAUGAAUUGGGAGUUCUAGUAACGAGUUAUCCUCCAUAUCACAAGAGUUCGGACUUUAUAGAAGCCUUGAAAGGUACUUUUGAGGAACUGGUAUACCUUUUGCAAAAGGAUUGAAAGAAUUCAUUUUAUGGAAUUAUUGUCUAUUUUGGGGUGGUAUUUUUUAUAAGUAUUUUUUUUAUUUUUACUAAUUCUUCCUUCGGUGCCUUCGAACCCAAUAACUAUGGAAUAUUAGAUUUAAGAAGACUGUUGUAUUUAGAAGUAUUC